AUGGAGGCUCCAAAGGUCCAUCCAUGGUGGGCGCGCGGCGGUGAUGAACGCCUUGCAAAACCUUGGGUCGAGAUCCGUCCAGUCAUGGCGGAACCAAAGGCCGCGGUCGUGGAAGGCCUACCGGCAUCGGCGCCCGGGUCGACCAAGGCAUCGUCGGUGCCUGAUUCGGCGGCCAAGGACACCGGCGCCGACAUGGCCGCGCCGUACGGGACGCGAUCCCGCAACAGGACGGGAAACGCUCGCAUAAACUACGCCGAGGAUAGAGACAUCGACAUGGACAAUUACGACGACUACCAGUCCAAGGGUGGUCACGACGCCGCCGCCGCCGGCCUCAAGAAAUCGUCACGGCAGAGCCAGGCGGCAUCCAACAGCGACGGCCCACCACCUCGUGCGAGCACCGCCGCGCGCAAGUCGGCCGUCGACGACGGCAAGUCUGCUUCGUCGCAGAACGGGUCGAGGGACCAGAGCGUGAGCAACGGCGGCGGCGGCGGCAACGGCGGAGGUGGUGGUGGUGGUGGUGGUGGUGCCAGCUCCGGUGCAUCGCAGGUCGCGCAGGCAUCGGGCACGCCGCUGCCGACUUCACGCAAGCGCAAGGCCACUGCGGCGACGGCGACGGCAACGACGGCGACGGCAGCAGGCUCGUCGGCCUCCUCGUUGUCGUCGGCGGCCGUCGUGUCGACGAGACGAGGCGGUAACGCGGUGCCAAAGGCGGGCCCACCAUUGCGAGAAACCAACCUAAUGACAUUUGAGCGAUGCAACUCGCGGCCGGAAAAUGGGCGUAUGGAAGCUGACGAUGGGACUGUUCUGGAGCCAAAUGACCACGUGUACCUGGUGUGCGAACCCCCCGGGGAGCCCUACUACCUGGGCCGCAUCAUGGAGUUUCUGCACUCGCAAAACGACAGCACCCGGCCGGUGGAUGCGGUGCGCAUCAACUGGUUCUAUCGCCCCAAGGACAUUGGCCGCAAGGCCGUCGACACGCGGCAGGUCUUCGCGACGAUGCAUUCCGACAUUAGCCCGCUCACUGCUCUCCGCGGCAAGUGCCGCAUCAUGCACCGCAGCCAGAUCAACAGCAUGGAUCAAUUUCGCAAGACGCCCGACAGCUUCUGGUUCGAUAAGCUGUACGAUCGAUACAUCCAAAAGAAUUACGACCUCAUCCCGACGGCCGGCAUCGUCAAUGUUCCCGACCGCGUCAAGAAGGUCUUGGACGAGCGCUGGAAGUUCGUCCUAGUGGAGCAGGGGCGUGGCAAGGAGCUGACUAGCGCCGUAAAGCUCUGCAAGAGAUGCAUUGGCUACUGCGCCAGCAACGAUUCGGUCGAUUGUGCCGUCUGCCACCACACCUACCACAUGAACUGCGUCAGACCGCCCUUGCUCAAAAAGCCGUCCCGCGGCUUCGCGUGGUCCUGUGCGGCUUGCAGCAGGGCCCAGGAGCGCAAGCUAGAGGCCCGCCACACGCCCAACGCCGUCGACACCCACGGCGAUGUCGAUGAAGAGGAUUGCAUCGACGAAGAAGACGACGAAGCCCGCGGCAUCGCGACCGACCGCACCACGCCGGCCGACGACGCCCAUCAUCACCAGGGGACGGCCGAGCAGAAGUAUCAGGCGAGCCUCUGGCCAUGGAGGUACCUGGGAAUGCAUUGCAAACCCGAAGACGCCCUGGAUUACGACGACCGCAUCUACCCCCGCGCCAGCACACGCAUCGGACCUCGCAACCAGGCAAACGUCGGCCCCUGGCCCGGCCGCCCUGUCGAGUACGUCAAGCCGUUGGAGACGCGAAAGGGUCCCAAGGGUCAGAAGGUGUCCAAGGAGGCUCUCGAUGCCGAAAAGGCGCUGCGCACCAACCGACCAAAAUGGGUGCAGGACCAACCGCCCGGCUACGUUGCUCGAGGUCAGGACCGGGACGACGACGAUCCCGAGGCGACGUCGACGCUUCUGUGGAAGCCUCCCUCAACGGAGUCGGCGGUCGGGACCGACGUUGUCGACGCGCACAUGAAGAAGGCGCGAGCGACGGCGAAGAAGCUUGGCUUGCCCGAAUUGUCGACGAACCUUCAAGACGUCGCCCUCGGGGCUCUUCUCCGCCACAACUACGAUUCCCCAGCCGCGCUCAAGUCUCUGCCGGAAACGGACCGGUCCGACUUCAAGGAGCCCGACCUGAGCCCGACGGAGCAGAAAAAGUUCGACGAGGGCGUCAGCAAGUACGGCUCCGAGCUUCACCUGGUCAUGAAGCACGUCAAGACCAUCACGCCCGGCCAGGCCGUUCGCUACUACUACACCUGGAAGAAGACGGAACGCGGUCAGCAAGUCUGGGGCACCUUCUCCGGCCGCAAGGGGAAGAAGCAGGCCAGGAGGGCCGACGAGGCGGCGACGAAGAUGGCCGACGACGUGGCCGAUCACGAGGACGACUCCGCCUUCGACGGCUCCAAGGCUGCCGAGAAGAAGCGUAGCUUCAUCUGCCAGUUCUGCUCCACGACGACUUCCCGACAGUGGCGACGAGCCCCCCACGCGACCACCGGCCUCGUCGCCGAGAAUGGCUCCAAGGCUGGCGGCAAGGACAAGGGCAGCCAGUGCGUGGCCGCCCUCUGUCGACGAUGCGCCGAGCUCUGGCGCCGGUACGGCAUUCGAUUCGAGGAAAUGGACGAGGUGGCCAAGAAGGUGGCCCAGUCCGGCGGCCGCGCAUGGAAGCGCAAGCAGGACGAGGAGCUUCUGAAGGAGCUUCAAGCCGCCCAGGAGAUGGGACUCAUGACGCCGGAUCGCGAGGCCACCCCCGCGAGCACCCCCGCGGCCAACGAACCGCCCCGGAAGAAGCUCAAAGGGGCCGCUCCCGUCGAGCGCGAGUUGGAGUCGGCCAACUCGGAUGCCGGGAGCGUCGCAGGCUCCACCUUGGCCAAGCGGAAGGAAAAGGUGGCCGAGAGCACGCCGGUGCCGGAGCUGCCGAAACCGCGCACGUUGCCGUGUUCUGUCUGCAACCAGAUGGAGCCUCUCGGCGACCAGCACGUCUCUUGCCGAGAGUGUCGCUUGACCGUCCACCGCAGCUGCUAUGGCAUCUUGGACAAUCGCGUUCAAGGCAAGUGGGUUUGCGACAUGUGCUCCAACGACAAGAGCCCCCAGGUUUCCAUCCAAUACAAAUGCGUCCUCUGUCCCGUCGAGUACACGGAACAAAACUUCGUCGAACAGUUCAAGCUCACCCAUCACAAAAAGAAGAUGUCGGACAAGGAUCGCGAGCGCGAGAGGUUCGAGAAGCAGCAGGCCCACAAGGCGGCGGAAUACUAUCGCAAGAAGCAGGAAGAGAUGAACCGGCCGCUGAACCCGAGAGAACCGCUGAAGCGCACGGCCGACAACAACUGGGUUCACGUCACCUGCGCCAUCUGGACGCCCGAGGUGAAGUUCGGCAACGCCAAGGCUCUCGAGCCUUCGGAGGGGGUUCCGUCCAUUCCGAGGUCGAGAUACGAGGACGUCUGCCAAGCCUGCAACCAGACGGGCGGUGCUUGCGUUUUCUGCCAUCAGUGCCGCGUACCCUAUCACGUCGAGUGCGCCAGGCAACGGGGCCACCUCCUCGGCUUCGACGUCACGCCGGUCAAGAGCUCCCGCCGGGACCAGUUCAACAUCGUGACCGUCAACGGCGAGAGCGGCACCAUGUCCGCUCUGCUGUGGUGCAAGGACCACGUGCCCACGAAGACCAUCACUCACCGGAUGCACGACGUCGUCAACGAGUCGGGCAUGACGGCGCUGCAGCUGUACGUGCAGACGUAUAAGCAAGCCGAUCUGGCCUUGACCGGCACGGUCCGCAAGGCAAACUUGAUGAUGAAUGCGUCCAGGGUGUCGGGCGUUGCCGGUCCACCUGGCCCUAGACGAAUUUCGACGACAGUCAUGCCCAACGGCAGUGGGCCUCACCCUCGAAACGGGGAGCCGGCCGAGCCUGCGACAGAUGCUCGACAGGAAGCGGGCGAGAAGGUGUGCAGGACGUGCGGCGUCGACAUGGCGCCGAGGUGGUGGCCCAUCGAAGACUCGCAGGAGCCGACGCUCACGAACGGUCACCACGGCGCCAUCGGCUCCGAAGCCCAAAAGUUUGUCGAGCAGAGGAUGUUCCAAUGCCACCAAUGCCGCAAGGCUCCUCGCACCACGCAUCGAUACCUGCCUCCCCCUUCCCCUGCGGUCGAGCCUCCUCUGCCGCCUGCCACGACCGUCGGCCCAGCUAUUCCUCCUUUUCGAAGUCCACCUCCUCCCGUGUCGGACUAUCGGCCGCAGCGAACCGAGAUUCACGCUCUGCUCCAUCACCCUACUACUCAUACGCCGCCGCCGCCGCCGCCGCCUCCGCCUCCGCCGCCGCCUCCGUCCCACGUACCGGCACAUGGCGUAGGGUUACGCUCGGCUCCCGUCUCUCACCCGUACGCAGUGACCCCGCCGUCGUCUAGGCCGGCGUACAACGACUGGGGCCAUCAGCCUGGCCACCGGCUUGGGUCGCCUCCUCGUCAUCUCAACGGGGGCCCUCCGCCUCUGCACGGGGGUCCUCCGCCGUCUAUAUCGAGCCUCACCUCGCUUCGGCCUCCCGCCCUGUCAGGCCCGCCGCAAGUGGCUCCGCUUCCCGUCAGCCUUCACCAUAGUCGCGGGUCGCCCAUCUAUGGAAACGGCCUUCCCCCCUCGCCUCGACGGCUGAGCGGCCCCGCACCGCCGGCGCCUUACGUGCCGCCGUACCAUGCAGGACCGGGACACCCACCACCGCACGGCAGCUCGCCGGGCGUUGGCAACGGAGCUCCGCCACCGAGGUAUGAGCCAUCGACUCACGCAAUGCCAUCGCAUCCUCAGAUCCCCCCGUACCCCGCACCUCGUGGAAGUCCCCCCAUGCCGAGAAACGGACCGCCACUGCCGCUCGAACCCCCUGGGUCCUCGGGAUCUGUUGGGCCGCGCGCACCGGAAAGCCGACCAGCGAGCGGAGCAAGCGCGAGUCCAUCGCUGAGGAAUCUUCUGUCUUGA